AUGCCAUGUCCCAAAGUAGAAGCUCUUGUUAGACUCUUCUCCAAUGUCUCAAGCUCUUCACAGCUUCUCUUCCUCUUCUCCUCUGUCAUUUUUCUUGUCGCAUUCUUAACCUUCAUUGGCAGAUUCCCCUUAAUCCAAAGAUAUCAACAACAUGAAUAUGUGUUUUCCGAGGAUGAAGAAGAAGAAACUGAAGAAGGGUAUUCUUGUGUUGAAUCCACCGAGAGAGUGAGAGAUCAAAGGACUCAUUCUUAUUCUGAAGAGUUCAUAAGCCCUGAGGAGAGCUUGAGUGAAGAGUCAGAGGAAAACCAUUCUUCUGAAACAACGUCUGAUACUAACUCACCACAAGUUUCUGACUUCGAAAAUGAAGAGGCAGAAGCAGUUGAAGAAGACUUUCCAACAAGAGAUGCUGAUUACGUUCCAAAUUAUAUACAAGUUGAAAGCACGCACACCUCUCCCAUCACCCUGAACCUUUACAAAGUUAACAAAAACCGUGACGAAGAUCAUGUUAGUCGUGAAAUUAUUAAAAGUAAGAAGGUGCAGGAGGCAAACCUCAUAAGGGAUGAAAGAUUCUUUGUGUUUGCUUCUUCCCAGUUGCAGAAUAAAAAGUUGAUUGUUGAAGAGAAGGAUGAUGACUCUAAUAGCUCCUCUGAAUGGAGGGAUUCUGAGAACGAAGACGCAUUUUCUUCCUCAUCUAGAAGGAGUUGCCCCAAGUGGGAAUCAUAUACUUUGUUCCAAAAAUAUGAUGAAGAAAUGGAAUUCUUAGACAGAAUUGGUGCACAGAAACUUCAUGAAAAUGAGUCUUUAAGAUCCAUCCAAGUAUCUCCGAGAUCAAUUUCAGAGCGUAUUGUAUACAGGUUUCCAACUAUAAACAAAAAGCCAGCGGAUUUUGGUCACAACCCAUAUCGUGAACUAGAGGCUGCAUAUGUUGCACAAAUUUGCUUAACAUGGGAAGCACUUAGUUGGAACUACAAAAAUUUUCAUUCCAAACAUGCUUCACGCCAAGGUCUUGAUACCGGUUGUCCUGCCACCGUUGCACAGCAAUUCCAGCAAUUUCGGGUUUUGUUAAAGAGAUACAUAGAGAAUGAACCUUACGAGCAUGGCAGAAGACCUGAGAUCUAUGCUAGAAUGAGGCUUUUGGCACCAAAAUUGCUCCUAGUGCCAGAAUAUCAAGGUAUGGUUAUUACUUUUGCUCCUUCUCUUGUAGCAGUAGAUUUCAUGUCAAAAGAAUCAGAGGAGGGUCAGAAGGAUGGUGAUUUUCACCGUAACAUAUCAUCAGCUUCAUUUCUUAAGAUAAUGGAGGAUGGGAUCAGAACAUUCAUGAAUUUUCUGAAGACUGAUAAAGAAAAACCAUGUCAGAUCCUAGCAGCCUACUUUAGGAGAAACCAAAGAGGCACGGUUGAUCCAACAUUACUCCAGCUAAUGAAGAAAGUUAAUCAAAAGAAGGGAAUGAAGGCUAAGGAUCUCCGCUAUUCAGGAAAAUGCAUGAGGAAGAGGAAGUUAAAUGUGGAAGAAGAGAUGGAGAUUUUGAUGGCUCUAAUAGACCUGAAAGUGGUGUCAAGGGUAUUAAGAAUGAAUGACUUAAGUGAACAACAGUUGCACUGGUGUGAAGAGAAGAUGAGCAAAGUGAGUAUCAUGGGAGGGAAACUUCAAAGAGAUUAUUCCACUCCACUUUUCUUCCCCUCACAUUGA